AUGGCGCAUUUCGUGGGAGGUGUAUUGGCCCGCCUCGUGGCGCUGCUCUGCCUCUUCCAGUGCGUUCAGGCGAAAACUGUCACCUAUGAUUUCAACGUCACAUGGGUUAUGGCCAACCCCGAUGGCUUGAUGGAGCGCAAGGUUGUCGGUAUCAACAAUCAAUGGCCCUUGCCACCAAUCGAGGUGGAUCAAGGUGACAGACUGAUUGUGAACAUGUACAAUGGAUUGGGCGACAAGAGUACUUCCAUCCAUUGGCAUGGUAUGUUCCAAAACGGCACAAAUGGGAUGGAUGGCCCUUCCAUGGUCACUCAGUGUCCGAUCCCGCCGGGCUCCUCGUACACAUAUAACUUCACCAUUGAACAACACGGUACCUACUGGUACCACUGCCAUACCGAUAACUGCUACCCUGAUGGUUAUCGGCAGUCACUGGUCGUGCACGAUAACUCCUCAUACUUCAAUGAUAUGUACGACGAGGAGUAUACGCUCACCAUGAGCGAUUGGUACCACCGACUGGUCGAGGACAUUGCACCGUCCUUUAUCAGCGUUACCAACCCCACAGGCGCAGAGCCGCUCCCCCAAUCCUUCCUGGUGAAUGACACCUUGAAUACAAACCUGCCUGUCACAGCUGGAAAGACAUAUCUCAUCCGAUUGAUCAAUAUCAGCGCAUUCGUGGCUCAGUAUUUCUAUAUCCAAGACCACACUUUCAAAAUCGUCGAGAUAGACGGUGUUUAUACCGAACCCACCGAAGCGAGCACCCUAUAUAUCGCCGUCGCGCAGCGUUAUUCAAUUCUCGUCACAAUGAAAAACUCUACCGACCAGAACUACCCUAUCGUGACGCUCGCGGAUUCCCAGCUGUUGGAUACCAUCCCAUCAGACUUGAAAUUGAACAACACCAAUUGGCUAGAGUAUAAUUCCUCUGCCGCACAUCCGCAGGCCGAUAUCACAGUCUCUUCGGUCACAGAGCUAGACCCGUACGACGAUUUCACUCUUGUACCCUACGACAAAAUGGCUCUCCUCCCAGACCCAGACAUGACAAUCGAUGUAACAGUCACCAUGCAAGACCUCGACAACGGAGCCGACUACGCAUUCUUCAACAACAUCUCCUACACGAAGCCCAAGGUCCCAACAUUAUAUACCGUCCUCUCAGCCGGAGACCUAGCCACCAAUUCGCUCGUCUACGGCGAAUACACGCACCCUAUGAUCCUCGAGCACAACCAGGUCGUAGAAAUCAUCGUCAACAACGGCGACACCGGCUCGCAUCCUUUCCAUCUCCACGGGCACCAGUUCCAGGUCAUCAACCGCGCCCCGGGGUACGGCGAGCACUUCUACGACUACCUCAACGGCGACCCAGUAGCCUACGACCCAAGCAACCACACCGCGUUCCCCGAAUACCCAGCGCGUCGCGACGUAUUCGUCCUCCCGCCGCAGGGCUACUUCGUGAUUCGCUUCGUGGCCGAUAACCCGGGCGUCUGGUUCUUCCACUGCCAUAUCGACUGGCAUCUGUCGCAGGGUCUGGCAAUGCUGCUCAUCGAAGCCCCGCUGCAGAUCCAGGAGCGCAUGAGCAUCUCUGAGGCGCAGAAGGAUGUCUGCAGAGCGGCUGGUGUCGACUUUGAAGGCAAUGCGGCUGCGAAUACGGAAGACUACCUUGAUCUUGCGGGCCAGAAUAAGCAGGUUGCUUGGUUGCCGGCUGGGUUUACGGCCAGGGGUAUCGUGGCUAUGGUGUUCUCAUGUGUGUCUGCUUUCAUGGGUAUGGCGGUUAUUUCGAUUUAUGGAGCUUCGGGCAUUCAGUCUAAGAAGCGGCAGCCCGGACCGGCUGAUAUGGUUGAGGGCAAUGAUGAAAAUGGGGCAUCAACUGAGCAAAGUUGA